AUGUCGGGCAUCGAGGUUGUUGGCCUGAUCUCUGCCGUCAUAGCGAUUGUCGGAACCAUCGAGAACAUCUACAAUGGUCUUAGGGACGCCAAGAAUCUCCCGCGCGCCUUUCGUGAGGUAGCUGAAAAACUCCCACUUGUACGGAACACUCUCCAAAUUGCCGAACGACACAUCAGCGCCAAUACAGACGAGGAGGCAUGCCAGGCGAUAAAAAACGUCCUGGAGAAGUGCAAGGUCAAGGCGGAGCAUUUAGAGGAAAUCUUCAAUGCCGUGGCACCCGAGCAUCCAUCCAGGCUCGAGCGCUACCGUGUGGUCGUGCGGCGUUUGGGUAAGGGGAAUCUGGUGGAAGUUUUGACCAAGGAGAUGAUGGAAGAUGUGCGACUCCUGGCCGUGAACCGCGCAAUUCAAGCGGCAACCGAAUCUCAGAUCGCCGAACUCCUCAAGGCUAUCGAGGAAUUGUCCAGCCUUGAGCCUUCGCUCCUGGAUGAGGACUCCAUCAGUCAGCAUCAUUAUGGCUCCGGUGAUAACGUUUGGGGGGAUAAGAUUGGGGGGAAUCAAAACAUCGCCAACGGCUCCGGCCCGGCAUAUUUUGGUGCGGUCACGCAGCAGUAUGUACCAGAUUUAGAUGCCUUGGCAGACAAAUCCAAAGUAAAAGAGUGUAUCCGUGACCUCUUCCUCACCGACCCAUACACGGACAUGCAGGCGCUGAAGCGGAAGAAAGGCGGCCGUGCCAAAGGCACAUGCGACUGGAUUCUCGAGACUCACGAGCUGACCGUUUGGCUCGGCGACGCGGUAGAGUUAACGUCACCUCCAACGGAUGUACUCUGGCUCUACGGAAACCCGGGGACAGGUAAGUCGACAAUGUCCAUGUUCCUUGCGGAGGCACUGCCGGAGGUCUUCCCCAAGACCCCAAAGAAGACGCUCGCGUACUUCUUCUGCGACUCGGGCUACGACACGCGCAAGACGGCCGCUGCGGUCGUCCGCGGGCUCCUUCUGCAGUUAGUCCAGCAGCAUCCACGGCUGAUCGAACACGUCCUCCCUAAGUACGAAGAGCGCAACGCCCAAGCGUUCAACUCAUUCGAUGCCGUAUGGGCAAUCUUCUUGAAAGCCUGCGCAGACAAGGCUACGGGCCGCAAGUACUGCUUGAUCGAUGCUCUAGACGAGUGCGAGCAGGACGAGCAGGAGAUGUUGCUGAAGCAGAUCGAGGACACUUUCGGACAGGCUCGAUCUGGCGCCGGUACGUUGAACGUCAGCCUCCUGAUCACCAGCCGACCGUACCUCGAAAUCAGGGAGUGCCUGCAAAACUUUCCUAAAAAAGACCUGGCGUCGUUUGAAGAGUCUAGACAAGACAUUCACAAGUUUGUGGACGAGAAGGUGGCUAAGCUGAGCAGGAAGAAGAGCUAUCCGAACAGCGUGGCACGCAGUGUUACCCGAAUCCUCCGUGAGAGGGCAGGCGGCAUCUUUCUUUGGGUCGGCUUGGUCUGUCAGGAGCUGGAGAAGGUCGCUUCAAGGAACGCCGUCACACGCCUUCAGCAGAUCCCAGCGGGACUUCAGUCGCUCUACAGACAGCUCCUCGACACAGCACUCCAACAAGACGAUAAACCCGACACGGUCAAACGGCUACUCGGCUUCGUCAUGGUAGCACGGCGUCCCUUUACCAUACGGGAACUCGCCUCGGCGUGCCAACUCUACCAAGACGAAGACGAUGAGGAACGCAUUCAGUUCACGACAGAAGUCAUCGCUGCCUGCCGGUUGAUGAUCGUGGUGCAGGACGAGAAGGUCACAAUCACGGAGGACAUCGUCAAAGCCGCGGCAGGGAAUAGGUGGAAGGGGGUCGAGGUGGUGGAGCUCCUGCUUGACCGGAAGGGAGACCAGAUCACAAUCACGGAGGAUAUCGUCGAGGCCGCGGCAGGGAACAGGCAGAGCGGGGCGAAGGUGAUGGAGCUCCUUCUUGAUCGGAGAGGAGACCAGGUAACAAUCACGGAGGAUAUCAUCAAAGCCGCGGCAGGGAACUGGCAGAGCGGGGCCGAGGUGAUGGAGGUCCUUCUCGAUCGGAGAGAAGACCAAAUCACAAUCACGGAGGAUGUCGUCAAGGCCGCGGCAGGGAACGAGGAGGGUGGGUCCCAGGUGAUGGAACUCCUUCUCGACAGGAAGGGAGACCAGGUCACCAUCACGGAGGAUAUCGUCAAAGCCGCGGCGGGGAACGAGGAGGGUGGGUCCCAGGUGAUGAAACUCCUUCUCGACUGGAAGGGAGACCAAGUCACCAUCACUGAACGUGCCAUCGCUGCGGUCGCCGGAAACUUCAGGGCCAAGGUGAUAGAGCUUCUUCUUGAUCGGAGGGGAGACCAGGUCACCAUCACGGAGGAUACCGUCAAGGCCGCGGCAAGGAACGAGGAGUCCUAG